UUUUGGAGGGGGAUCUGAGGUAAAAAAAAAAGAGACUCGAGGUGAUUCCUGCUGUGCCAGCAGUUCCCCCCUGCACUACAGGGAGCGUCACACUGCUGGGCACCACGCUGCAAUGUCUCUGUGCUGGUCGUGCUCUGCUCCCACUGCAGCUCCGGUGGUGGCACAGCGAUGUGUCAGCGCACUGCCAGGCUGUGAGCUCUGCUGAGAACUGAUCUGGACAUAAAGAGGAAGGAACACCGUUGUGCAGCCACCGAUGUGUGCAGCUGCUGAGAUGAGGAGCCGGUUUUGCUAUGGAGCCUCGAGGCACACAGGCUCACCACCCACAGCACAGGCUGGAGGAAGCCACUGUUUUAAUAACAAACCCACACUGAUAUCCUUUGCUUUUUCAAAACAACUUUUCUGGCAAAAAGGCUCUCUGGUUUUCCCUCACGUUUACUCUGUCUGUGGCUUCAGCUGAAGCUGUGAUACUCCUGUGCCAGACUUGUACGUUGUGCUGCACAGUUCUCCCUGCCCACACAACGCUGUGGGUGCGCUGCCAGUUCCAGUGCUGGAAGGAUUCUGGCUGACAUCCCCGUGGGGCUGCUGACGGUGUUGGUUCUGACCCAGUCAGUCCGCAGUACACUGCUGUGAUCGUGGAUGUACCUAUGGCAGUGGGGAGAAGUUCCUCCUAUGGAGCUCUGCUUGCAGGCUUUGGUGGAGAAAGGCUCUGCGGGUCAGCACGGGUAGCUGACAUGAUGGGAACGUGAUUCCACACCAGGAAUACUGUCAGCAGUCCCAGUGAGCUCUUGUUUGAUACUGCAGCUCUGUCAGUGCCUUCUGAGAGAACUACUGCUGAUUUCCAUCUGUUCUCCCGGAAGUAAUUUCACAAAUCAAAGUAACUUAGGAAAACUUCUCUUGAGUUGAACAUCUCUGCCUUUCUGAGGAUGUAUUUUGUCUGAAUUCUAAAUAUAUUUUGACAUAGAUUCAUUCCCCUUUUCCGGAAGGAACUGUUCCUUCUUGUAGGGGGAAAUACUUAACAUCAUUAAUCCUCCUUCCCCAAAUACUUCCACAUAGGAAGAGGAAAGAAGUGAUGGGCUGACAAUAUGACUGCUUACCCAUGCAGCACCAUCGCCAUGGAAACAGACUGUCCUAGAAUAGCUCCAUCACAUGAGGGUUACAUGACAUGAAUAAAGUAACCAGAAAACUGGAAAAUAUCUUAGAACUGGCAAUACUUGCUCUUAAUUCAUUAUCCCCCAGGUCUUUGGAGAGCAGUGGAUAAACAAAGCCAGUAUUAAAAUCAAUGUAGUGCAUGUGUGUCAUCACAUGUAUGUGAGAGGAUAGUGGAAAACAAACGUGAUCCUCAUUUAAAGGGCUAUUUGUUGCUUCCAGUUUGGGAUACAUUGUUUUAGAAGGAGUUUUGAAUAAUUUUCCAUGUGAGCUCCUGCUUCUUGAAAUUGGUACCAGUGGUUUUCAGCAGUGCACAGAAGGGACUGCAAAAUUACCUUUGGAAUGUUUCCUUCUAGUUAAUUAUGAACUCAUAGGGCAAAGAUUUAUUGAGCAUGACCAUUUUCAGUAGAAAAAUGAUUCUAUUUCACUGAUGAUUGAUUUUCUUUUGGUAAAGUCAGUGCUUUUUAUUGUGUUGUGAUAGUCAUUGGGAAACAUAGAUCAGACACAAAGAAGUAAGUUUUCUACUGAUUCACCAUAAAGAAAACUAAAGCUAGGUAGAAAAAGAAAACAUUGACAUGUCAUCCCAUCAUUAGAACAUGUUAGCCCUGCCAGCAGUGCGAGGACCCUUUCGCUCCUGUGAGCUCAGUCAUUUCUUUCUUCUCAUUUGUCCAGCCCGGAUCACGUUAUGUAUCGUAGCUCCCACUGCAGAGAUGAAGUUUUGUAGUAAGCUCUUUUUUUCUGUUGUGUGAAUGAAGAGCAUGAAGCCAUUAUGUGUUUAUAUUAGCCUGUUUGGAGUCUUGGAGCAGAAUAAUUUCUGUCAUUUGUCUCAAGACAGAGACCUACAAUGGAUUCAUAACUCAGUGAAAGGAGAAUGAAUGAACGUGUUUAAAGGUUGAGAUCCUCGGAUUUAACUUCGGUCAUUAAAGGACUAGAACACGCAGGAGAAAACCCAUCAUUCUCAUCUGUAAUAGUCUCUGUGCUGUUUCAUGCAGUACACGUGAAUGGUUUUUGCAUCAGUUAGGACUGAUCACAUCCAAUAUAACAACAUUGCACCAUUAAUGAGAGUUGAAAAUGGUUUAAAGUGAAUGAUUUAAUGUUUCCCUUAACCGCACUUCUGAUUUACAAAAUGUCAUUAGGCGGUCAUUUAGGACUUGGUGUAAUUUGCUUCUCUACUUCUUGCUCUGUGUCGUAAGGAUGCCAUGUGAGUAACGUUCGUGCCUGCUUACGUGGUGCUUUUCUCCCACACUCAGAGGCCUUAUUCUGAGCAUGUUAAGCUGGGCACACAGCUCACAUCACUGAGCGUAACCCACCUGAAACCCAUGGCACUACGCAAGAAAACGUCAACAGAAAGGUUUCCUAUCUGACAGAAAAAUGAAAACCUACCCAGCCAUUGGUUUCUUCGUCCUCUUCGUCAUCAGCUAUGGCUCUUCUGAAAACUCCAGCACACCGAGAGGGUGCGGACUGGACCUCCUCCCGCAGUAUGUGUACCUCUGUGACCUGGAUGCCAUCUGGGGAAUAGUUGUGGAGGCGGUUGCGGGAGCAGGUGUGCUGACAACAUUACUGCUGAUGCUGAUUUUGCUGGUGAGGCUGCCCUUCAUCAAGGAAAAAGAGAAGAAGAGCCCCCUGGGAAUGCACUUCCUCUUUCUGUUUGGGACACUCGGACUGUUUGGACUGACGUUUGCUUUCAUCAUUCAGGAAGAUGAAAUGGUGUGCUCUACCCGAAGGUUUCUGUGGGGAGUUAUCUUUGCUCUGUGCUUCUCGUGCUUGCUAGCUCAGGCUUGGAGACUUCGCAGACUAGUUCGGCAUGGGAAGAGUCCAUCUGGCUGGCAUCUGGCUGGUGUGGCCAUCUGCCUGAUGCUUGUUCAGGUCAUCAUUGCAACUGAGUGGUUAAUACUGACAGUUGUCAGAGAUAACAAGAUGUCUUGCAGCUACGAACCAAUGGAUUUUGCUAUGGCUUUGAUUUAUGUUAUGUUCCUGAUGGUAUUUACCAUGGGGUUUUCUCUUUUCACUCUCUGUGGAAAGUUUAAGAAGUGGAAGAAAAAUGGAGUAUGCCUGAUUAUAACGCUGUUUUUUUCCAUUCUGAUUUGGGUAGCCUGGAUGACUAUGUACCUCUUCGGUAAUGCUGAACUAAAGAAAAGAGACAAAUGGAGUGAUCCCACUCUUGCUAUUGCACUGGUGUCCAGUGGUUGGGUGUUUGUUAUUUUUCAUGCUAUCCCAGAGGUCCACUGUACCAUCCUUCCAUCGCAGCAGGAAAACACUCCCAAUUAUUUUGACACUUCACAGCCAAGGAUGCGCGAAACUGCUUUUGAGGAAGAUAUACAGCUUCCUCGGAGCUACAUGGAGAACAAAGCCUUUUCUAUGGAUGAACAUAAUGCAGCGCUAAGGACGGCAGGAUUUCGCAACGGCAGUUUGGGAAGCCGACCUAGUGCUCCUUUUAGAAGCAAUGUUUAUCAGCCAACUGAGAUGGCAGUUGUGCUAAAUGGUGGGACUAUACCAACAGCUCCGCCAAGUUACACUGGACGACACCUCUGGUGAAAGGCUGUAGGCUGUAGAGAAUAAGAAUCCUUGUUGCAGAAUUAUUCCCUGGCAGUGUGUCUUUGAGGGAGGAAUUGAUACCAGUACCAGAACAAAGCAACAGAACAUCCAGGAGUUUGCGAAAUCCCACAGAGGAUUUUGUGUAAAUGUGAACACCGCGGAACGGAUAAACUAACUGCAAAAAGAAAAUUAUAAGUCUGAAGCUAAAUCUGAAUUAAAAUAGAGGUAGGCACACUUCAAAAUGGAAGAGGGGGAUAUUGUAUCCUGAAAUGUAAGAUAUUCCCUUGUCUGUAACCAGUAACCAGUGUGCAAGGCAAGCCUGAUUCUUUCGUUGGAUGCCAGCUGCUUGCAAACUACCCUCCUCUCACCUAAACUUAAUUCACGUUGCCACAAGAGAUUGCCACCACAGUGUGAAGACACACAGGAUUUCUUUCCAUCUUGCUCCUUUUCCUUUCAUUUGAAAUGUCAUGAAAAGUAUAUUGUUUGCCUCAUGAUCCAGCUGUACUGGAACAUCACGCGUUACCGCUCUGUGGCAACGCCAUUACCAUCACGCUGUAGGUUGACACUCUUCUCUUUAAAAAGCUCGUGUAUGAGAAGCAGUUCUGGAGAGAUGCAAGGUGUGUGUGUGCUUUAUGUGAGCGCAGGAGCUUCUUGAGGCAGAGGAGUGCAGGUCCAGCAUAGGCAGCUCUUCGGCAGCCCAGAAUUGGAUUCCCUCCUGUUCCUCAGCCUGGGUGUGAGCAGAGUUGCACGUUCUCACUUCUCCUACAGAAGAAGCCAUGAAAGGAAUCUGUGGAGGGAUACGCUUUGCAAAGACUUAGCUGGCGAGAGAACGUGACUCGUGUUUGCCACGAGCGCGUUGUGAUAGCAGAUGAAGGGUGGUGUCCAUCGGUGCUGGUGGGCCGAGGUCUGUCCACAGCGGUCUGGAGUCUGUCCGUGCUGGUGGGCCAAGGCCGGCGCCCAGGGGGUCACUGGCAGCUGCAGAGCACCGACCGCCUGUCGGGAGGAACGCGGUGCGCGUAGGGCUGAGGCUGCUGCUUCCAAUCCCUGUUUGUUGUAUGGGUAGUCUCAUUGACUGCGGUUGUUUGUGCAUUUAAUUGUGGUUGUGCAUUUUAGUGCCUAGGUGGUAGAAUCUCCCUUCUGGAGGUGGUUUGUUGUUGUUUUUGUUUUUUUUUAAGGUGGUUUCUUCCUUAGUCAUCCCCUCUGCCUACACUUCUUUGAGUUAAAAUAUGGCAGACUUUCUCAAAGCUUUUUAUCUUUGUUUUCUCCGGGUUAUUUAAAAGGUUCCCAUUGCCCAUUGUUUGUGCCACGAUUUUCAUUAUGUUUAAGCUGUCAUUCCUUUAUUUAACAUUUAAUACAUAUCGGACAUUGAAAACAUCACCGUAUCCUCACCAUUUGGCCAAUGUUAAUCUUAGCUUUCCUGAAUUCUAAAAGCAAAUUGUUUUUACUUGAGGGCACAGGAAACAUUUAACAAAUAAACUUUGCAUAUGAUAUAAUAAAAAACUAUAUUUUCAAACUAAAAAAAUAUAAUGUACAAAUAACCGAAUAGCUUAGUAGCUUCACAGAAAGAAGUUACUUGCUGUCUACUGCAGAAGAAAGACAAGUAUUCUAUUUUUCAAGAGUCUUCCUGAUUCUACACUUGCCUCCAUUUCUGCUCAACUAGGAACCCAGUCCUGCAGACUGUACUCCCAGAAGUAGUCCCUUUGAUACCAGUAAGUCUACAUACAGGUACAGAAGCUGCAAGACCAGUCCCUAAGUGUUGCACACAGAUAUACGUGUGCAUGUGUGUAUAUAUAUAUAUAUAUAUAUAUGAAGGAAUAUAUGUUGCCAUUCUUGCCAGGGUCAUCUUAUAAGGUUUUACUUCAUAGCUCUUCUCUUCCAGAAGCAAUGUUUUUCUGUCAUGCAUGAGUAAAGGAACAUGUUAGCUCCAUGUUGGAUAUUCCCCCCUGCCCUUCCCUCCUCAAAGCAAAGGAAGCAUGUGCUUGUUUAGGGAUUGCUAAUUUAUUUUGUAACUAACUAGAUGGUCUAAGUAACCAAGUAGGGUAGGGGUGGAUAUUGCAUGCCAUCCAAUGACUUAGAAAUACAUUUGCUUUGUUAAAAGCAAAGCUUUAACUAAAGCUUAGCAUUAAAGAUAGCAUUCAUGAUAUUUACCCUGAAAAUGCAUCACUUUGAACAAUAUAAAACCUGUUUUCAUCACAUGCCUUUUGAGUUUUACUUUUAAAAAUCAAAUUUAAAAAAUCACAAAACUCUACUGUAAAAACAUAUAAGAUGACCAUGGCAUAAAUGGUAGGACAGUUUUCUUUCAAAAAGUUUAUCAUGCUACAACCGAGAUUUAGGAACUGCAAUACAACUGUUACAGACCUUGGACAAAACUUUACAACAUGUAGUUCUCUUAAGAAAUGUUUUUUUUCUAGAUGUGACUGAAUUGAUAAAUAGACUUCCCAAUCCUGUUCCUAAUGAAGCUGAUUAGAAUUUAAGGCCUUAUGUAAGGAUAGGGCCAGAUCCUACAGGCUGCUACUGGCAUGACUACUGUAGCUGGUUAGUCACUUGGGCCCUUCACAGGAUAACUAAGUGGCAGGAUUGGUCUUAAUUUGUGGUGGUGAGGGUGUGGCAAUAGAUUAGGAAGGUCUUUAUUUUCCAACUCUGUACAAUUAGUAAUAAGCAACUUUUUUUUAAGUCACUGGUUCGUGAUGUUAAACGCCCCAAAUAAAGAUGUGAUCAAAGAAAGGCACCUUUAUGUUAGCAUAUAUUCUGUUACAGUCAACAAUUUGUUUACUUUUGCCUUUUAUGAGUUAUCUAGAAUGUAGAGCAUCUGUGAACAACAUAAUAAGCGUAAGCACAAGCCUUUCGCAGGUCAGUUAAUUAGGAUUUUAUAGUAUAAAAGCUACUGCGUUGUCCCUUGAUGGCUGUGUGAUCAUGGUGUUUCCAUACAGAAAAGUGAAACUGUAAAACAUCUGAAAAAAUUGUUACCAGAACAAGAUUUUUAAUAACUGGCUUCUGCAGCGGCCAAGAAAAGAGUUCAGAGCCAUAAUUUUACAGGUCCUGUCCUGCUUUCAAAGGAGCUGAGGGCGUCUGACACUGGCCGGAAAAUAUGUAGCAUCUUCAAAACAGCACUCUCAGUACAUACACUUGUUUCUACAAACAAGGUACAUGAAAUAUAGAAAUAGUUGCAUCUGUUUUUAGUGUAAACACGGGCAUCUUGGUUGGCUUUGGAGCUUGAUGCCUUGGGCCUCAUCAAAGGCAGUGCAAAAGGGAGCAUUGUAGCUUUUAUAAUAAAACAAUUGGACUACUCUACCAACUUACAGGAUUACAAAGCAGGUGCUUUUUAUUAAUUGAUGAGAGCUAAAGCUCAUUUUUGAUAGAUAAUAUAUAUUUAUUAAAUGUAUUAAUAGUGUUUUAUAACAUACCCUUUUUUUCCGCUGAUUGUUGCAUACACUGGUAUCUUAUUAAGUACAUCUUUAAAGGAUUUUCAAGACAAUCAAUGCGUACCAUGAUGUCUGUACAUACAUAUACAAAACUACAAAGGUUGUAAAGCAUGGGCAAAUGUUUUAUUUUCAAAAUGCUGUUCUUAACGAGAAUAAAGGCUUUACUAUUUACUUACAA